GAAUUUACCGCGACACGGCAGCCGGCAGUUGGAUGCAGACGUUUCUGCGCGCGCAUGUUUGAACUGUGAGGCGGAGUUAUCGAGUGAAAUUAAAGAUAAAAUACCUUUUUCAUGAUUAAAAAAAAGUUUCUAUCAAAGUUGAAAAGUGUUUAUUUCUUAAAAAAAUAAUUGCGAAGUUUUAUUUGAAAAGAAAUCACGUGUGCGUAUGGAAGUGACUCCAUAUAAAAUGUGAAAGUUUGUUCAUGUUAAAGAAAACACUGUGCGAUCUUUUUUGCGACUAUAAUCUAGAUUGUGUUUGGACAUCUCAUUGACCCUUUUUGAACAGUGUAGCUGGUAGUGACGAAUGUGAUAACAAUGACAAGGACUAUAAAAAGCUCUAGUGUUAUAAUGUGAUUAUCGCGGGACGGAUGGACAGUGAAUACGUCAGUUUCCCGCCAAAACGAAAUGGCCGCUGUUAGAGUAAGAUGGCGGACGCGGAGGUGCCUCGGCGUCGUUUGUCUUAUGAUGUUCAUACAUGUUGCUAAUGGAUAUGAAGAAACGUAUACAAUAUCUCAACUGUCACCAAAGUCAGGCUCCAUCGGCGAGUCGACGCACAUCGUGCUACAGACGAGCACGGUGCAGGACCUGCCCUUCAGCAUAGAGCCCAGCGUCAAGCACCACGAUGACGUCACCGAACUCACCACCGACGAACAUGUCAUGCCCAAAUCAGCAGAAUUCAUCGUACGAGAAUCAAGAUCCAUCAAUGAUGACAUUCCAUCAUCAAACAACGAGAUUGAUUCGGAAUUAGAAGUGCAUAAUAAGAGGAAGUAUUACGACAUACAUCCAACUAAAACUGUAAAUUAUUACAACAGUGAUGACGGUGUCAUCCUGCCCUCAGAGCGGUUCGGAGACAGGCUCGACUUCAAGUUUCCGGGGGAAGGACAGCGGGUCCCGAAAGCGCGGGCGCUGGCGCCGACGGGACCCAGAAUACGGCCUACUGCAGUGCAGCCGAUCUUUGCCACGGCCACCCCUAGAGACGAGGGGCGGCAGAACUCGGACAUACAGAAUAUUAUUACUGGUAUAGUUAAGUUGUUGAAUGGUAACGUGAACGUUCAAGCUAACUCUCAGCUUCUGAACGGGAGACCUGGAAGACCGGUGGCUUCCAGGAUAAACAACCGCGGUCCUCCAAGGAUUACGGACGUCCCGCUAGACUUCGACAAGAUCACUCCGCCUCCCCACCCCUUCAUGCCCACAAAAACUCCUCCGCCUUAUCCAUUCGAUCGACCUCCCCAUCAUGGGGUCAAUUUACCUGAGCAAAUUGUGCCUCCAUUGAAUCGGCCAGGGCUCCACCGGCCCUUGCCUCCAUGGCAGCGGCCGAGACCACGACCACCGAAUAGACGACCCAACCCUGGCCUUCCCAUGUACAAACCGGUGCCAAUACACCACGAUCCAGUAGAAACGUCUCAAGAAGCAAAUGAAAAUGAAACCACACAUUCUGAAAAUAAUAUACAUCAAGAUGAAAUGCCUUUAAUAAACCUACCAGACACCAACACAACAGAAGCUCCAGAGAAGGAGGAAUUUAAAACCACUACCGAAACAAGUACAACAACUUCUACAACAGAAACAACAACAACGUCGACGACAACAGAAAAACCGACAACAACGUCUACUACUACGACAACAACUGAGAAGCCAACAACAACGUCAACAACAACGACGACAACGACAACCACCGAGAAACCAACGACAGAAACAACGAAGCAAACAACGACUACAGAUAAACCAACUACAACAGAAAAACUGACGACAUCAGAGAAACCAAAGACUGAGAAACCUACCAAAAUAGACAAAGAUAAGAAGAAAGACAGUACCGCUGUGGUCGAAAAGAAACAUAAAGUCAAUGAAGAUAAGGUUGUUAAUAAAAUUGCUAAAAAUGAGACAAUGGUGGAACAGAUCUUACAGCCGUCCAUCCCGGAGAAUAGACCGCAGUUCAGUUCGUCAUCCGCCACUCCAACGCCUACUGAAGGCUUGCUGGAACAUGUGACUUCCCCAUUAGAUUCUACUACACCGAUAGAAAUAUCUUCAAUCAACCAACAACCAUUGCCCACAUCCCAAGGUAUGCCGUACCAACCGUACCGUCCUCGGCCGGGCAUAGUCCUGGACGACACGGACUUCAAGCCGCACGGGUCGCGGUACCGGCCCGAGAGACCGGACGCGGCCGUCAUCACUGCGCCCGAGGUCCGGCUGCCGGGCUACGGGGAGAUCUUCGACGUCACUGUGUCCGCUAUACAGGGACCUGGGGAGGCGGGCUCUGUUCACAUCGAGCACAUAAACCCUGCAUCAGUCGGAGAGCACGACGACAUUAUCGUGUCUCCGUCGGGCGAACAAGGGUUCGUGUCCAUCGACGGGAAGCGCACCUACCUCAACCUGUUCGACAGCUCCACGCCCACCACGGGCGGACCCACGCGCGUCCACACGCCACCGCAGCAUUCUGUGCCACCAGUAGCCGCACCAUCUCACCGUCCUCCACACAGCCCACACAGUCCAGGCCCACAGCUGGGCACAGGCGUGGCGAUCCCAGCAGACGAUGAGCCCGCGCCUCCAGUGAGAAGACCCGCGCCACCACAACUGCUCCGCCCGCACCAGUACGCCAGACCUACACCCGCUGUCAGGAUCGACACGUGCAUAGUCGGCGACGAUUCGACGUGCGACCAAUCGCAGAACGAGAAGUGUAGGACCGAAGCGGGCAUAUCCUCCUGCCAGUGCCGGCCAGGAUACGCGAGGAGAGUGCACCGCGACCCGUGCCGCAGGGUCGUGGCGCUCAUACUGAACCUCAGGGUUGACAGGCUCUAUGAUAGAAAGGUGACGUGGGACGCGAAGUUGGCCGACAAGGACUCGGAGCCGUACCAACAAUUGAGCUUUGAAGCUGUCAGAGCGAUCGACUCCGCGUUCUCGAUGACGCCGUUCUCUGAUGACUUCGUGCAAGGCGCCGUGAACGGACUGCACCGCGGCGACGGACAGCACGAGGGCGUCUUCGUCAACUACACCAUACUGCUGCAGGAGACGGCGGAGACGCUGCGGCCGGCGGCGGCGAGCGACAUCCAGAAGCACGUGGUGGGCGUGCUGCGGCGCCGCCACCACAACGUCGGCACCUCCGCGCUCUGGGUGCGCGCGCCCGCCGCCAGCGUGCCGCCGCUCGCAGACGUAGACGAGUGCUCGUCCCCGGAGCUGAACGACUGCCACGAGCUCGCCUCCUGCACCAACACCUGGGGAGGGUUCAAGUGCGCGUGUCCAUCGUGGACCCUGGACACGUCCCCAGGGUCAGGUCCGGGCGCGGCGGGUCGGUGGUGCCGCGCAUGCGCCGCCACACACUGCAGUGACCGAGGAGUGUGCAAGUACCACAACGGACAGCCUUACUGCACAUGCUCGUCGGGGUACUACGGCUCGACGUGCGAGGUGGACGGGGAGGUGGUGGGCGCGGCGGCGGGCGCCUCGCUCGCGGCCGCGCUCGUCAUCGCGCUCACGCUCGCCGCGCUGCUCUCCUGGAGCCGCAAAUGGUCCCGCGAGCAGAAGGCAGUGGGCAUGGGCUCGCCGGUGUUCAACUACAUGGCGGCCAACACCAUCAAGACGCCGCCGGUGGGACAGCCGCCAUACCAGGUGACGCUGGAGGAGCGCAUGCGCUGGGCUCAGAUCGCGGAGGCGAUGGUGCAGGCCAACCACUACGCCCCGGACGCGCAGACGAUGGCGACGCGUCCGUCCUCGGCGCUGUUCGGCGGGUACCCGACUCUACCGCCCGUGCCACUGCCCAGGAUGGGCGUGCUCGGGAACCACUCGGGCACGUUGAACACGGUCGCCUCCCGCGGGAACACCACCUCACACCACAACCUCUACGGCUAUGGUGGGCACAUGGAGUCCAGCAGUUCAGAAGCGUCGAGUCACGUGCAAGAGCGAGCUGACCUGCUGGUGCCCAGACCCAAGUCGAGAGCCAGGAGUAUGCAUAACCAAACAGGGAUCUACUACGACGUGGACUACGAGAACGCCCCGGAGACGAUAUAUGGGACUAAAGGGAUACCUCUCUCCACGUACACCGUCAGCCGCGGACCGCCCUUCUACAGGAGCUAGGGUACACUGACUAGACCUUACAAAAUCUAGAACGACUGCAUUCAAAAUAAUCAUUGACACGGGUUCAGUUGGGGUAAGAUCGAAUCAUGGGGUAAUAUCGUUGAUUCAAGAUUACUACACUGUAACUAAAACUAUUUUAGGUGCAAAUAAUUAUGAUUACAAAAUAACACUUCAGCCUGUGUUGCUUGUAUUAAGAAAUAUGGGGUUCAGCAAUGUAGAGGUUGGUAAUAAGGAAAUUACAGCUUUAGCUUGAGGAUUCUUGGUAAUAAAUCAAACUCCGAAGAUUAUUGUCAGUUAUCUUCGAAGCUUCACGAGUACGUAAUACACAGCCAAGUACUUAGAUGGUGUAACAAUUAGUAGACGUACUGUUUGAAUAAAGGUAUACAUUACUUUUAUACGGGUGGCUUGGUAUGAUAGCGUCUUCACACAACUACAUACUUGCACAUACGUAGCUGUCCAAGUGAGUGUCUCUAUAGUAGUAAUUUGGUAAAUAACGGAAUUACCCCCUAAUCCGGUAUUACACAUACAAUUAGUGAGUUGGGGUAAUAACGGCUGUAUUGUACUGAUAGAAACGCCUGGGUGUACUUACUUUCCACCUGUGUACUCUAUAUGUCGCAUGGAAAAAAAAACAUACGUCAAAACCGUAGUAGUUGGUUUGAGGAAAUGUUCUAAGAACAGACAGUCCUGUAUAAUUCGAUUGUUAUAGGUCUUCUCAUUGAUAUUAAAUCUGCAUUCCAGUUAACCAUCAGGUCGCUGGAGUCCCGGGAUGAAUAUAUGGGACUGAACUGUAUAUUCUUUGGACAUGCGCGCCGGGAGGGGUGCAAGUAGGUGCACGUGCAUCCUGAAAUAAAUCACAAUAAAUAUAAGUCACUGAAUAAACCUGCAACAAUGGGAACUAUCGACCACAGGGGUUUUUUAUGAUAAAGCAUUUUCGAAAACUCGAUUUGGAUUGAAAAAAAUCCUUUAUGAUAUUAUGUAGUAUAAUAGGUACAGAUGCACCCCCCUAAAACUUAUCUUGGCGGCGCUCAAUUUAGGUACGAUAAACCAAUGCGGAUGUAUGGUUGCCAAACAUCUACAUUAAACAAGGGUGGUUAUUUGUGUUUUCAUUUAAAAAAUUAUUAUAUCCGGUGUUUACCUUCGGCUGGUUUGUAAUCUUGUCAUCGAUGUAUGAUGUCCAGCUAAAGUAUUGUGAAGUUAAAUUGUCCAAUUUUAGUUCUGGCAACGUUAAGCGUAUGAUUUUAAUGGAAGAUUGAGAAGUAUAAAAAAUAAAGCAUUUUUAUUAAGUAGUUUUGUCCAUAAAAUAUUUAUAAUUAAGUGUAAAUGUAAAUAUUAAUUUCACGAACCUCCCAAUAUAUUUCUACCUAGUCAUAAGGAUAUAUUUUUAUCUCAAUUUUGUCCAAAAACUUAACUCACGUAGUCGUUAUGCGGCAAGAAGCGCAACAUGACGAUCAACAUACGCUCAUCAUUUGCAAUUCACGAAUGAAAUACCGCAUAAUUUAUAGGCUCUGUUGAACAAUAUAUAAGCCAAUUGUUACUAAAGAAAUAUAUUUUUAUAAUGUGCAUUUUUAAGUGACCCUUUCUCACAUAUUUGAUAGGUUUUUGAAUUUUCGAAGAGAAUACAUGUGCCGGUAGAUGGCCUUAGUCUCUCUUUAGUCUACGCAUGUCGCCACUAGAUGGCGUCAUAACGAAUUUGUGCAACGAUUUUCUGCCUUCCGUCUUCGAAUGUUAACAGAGGGCCUUCAGUAGUAAAUAAAAUUAAUCAAAUACCAGAAAAUAAGACUGAAAAAGAAAUAUUCUCUUAUAUACUGCUAUCAGUGUUUGAGCUGUUAUUGUUUGCUCUUUCUGUAUUACGUGAAAUGCUACGAGAAUGAAAGAGAUAAAAUAUUGAUUGUGAUCCGCACAAAAAUUAUUGCCGUCAAUGGUAUUUAGAGGCAAUAACGGAUCUCGUCGACUUUUAGCUUCGUACUGAUUUAAAAAGUAUAAAGGGAUUGAUGUUUCGAAAGGUUGAUAAUGUUAUUUACUGCUGAGAGUCUGUUGUAGAUUAAGUUAUAUACUUAGAAUAAAGACGCAUUUAUUGUACAUUUGAUUUAUACGUUAUAUAUACAGAGUUUUAUAUUAUUUUUAUAGAAAUAUUAAAUUAUAGAUAAGUACGUGUGUAUUCUUA